CGCCGUUCCGCCGAAGUUCAAGUUCGCCUUGAGUGCAGAAACGCAGGCAAAAAUAUUGAAUAUCAGCUAAAAGCAUUUCACAAUCCCCAGCGCCGACAAGAAUUUGCAUGGGCCGGCUUGGAUUGGACCGCCAAAACAAAUAAUGAAAUAAAAAUUAAUGUUUUGAUGGAACCGAAUGGCCAAAGCAAUUUGUAAACAAUCGCAUUAACAGCACUCCCCAAAAUUACAACGAGUUGGACUUUUGAACUUAUGGUCUUGAAUUGAUUACUCAUUUGGCUGGAGUUAAGAAAUCAAAAUAAGGCUUUAUUUCGUAAAAUGUAUCGGAGCAACCAUAUCUUUUGGGCCCUAGCACUCUUCGGCUGUAUUUCAAUCGCCGACGGCGAAACCAAGAAGCAUGUAGUAUUCAACAACAUUGAAUGUUCAAUGAGGAACAAAGUGUUUUCACGGGUCGAUUGUCAUCUGCAAACGCGGCUGGCAUUGAACAUUUUUGCGACCAUAAAUGAUCAGAAAGCCGUUGACAAACUGAUGGGAGUUUGCGAUGUGAAGAUCGAUCCCCAUGGCCAGCAAAAGAUGAUUCGUGUAAGGAACAUAAAAUUGGACUUUUGCCAACUGAAAAAGAACACGGAAAAUGGCUAUAUAAUAGGGAUUUACUACAGCGUGAUUCGGAAGGCAAUUGUUGAUUUUCCAGACAAGUGUCCAUUCCAAAAAAAUACCACACUAGCGAUAAAGCGAUUGCAUAUGGGCUGGCAAGAUGUGCCGAAAUACAUGCCAUUGUCUAACUUCAGUUUUUUUGCAAAAGUUUAUGCCGGCAAUGAGCUAGGACUUGUGGUCAAACUUACUGGUGGUUUGUAUGAAUUUUCAAACGUUUCCGGCUACAAAUAUCCGUAGCGAAAUCUAAACUGUAUUUACAAAUACAAUU